UCACCACGCACGGUUUCUGCGUCUGCGAGUUUCCGUUGUAGCAAAGCUCUAAAUUCCACUCUUGUUAUAUCGAGCGCACACACAGUGAGCCACUGAGACGUACACGUUUCAGAGGUACUUUGAAGUAUUUUACACGCUUGGAGGAUAUUUCGCUACGUGAAAACCUUCGGGCUCCGUGUGACAAUGGAGGCUUAUUUACGGAGCUGUCGCGACGUCCUGAAGGGUGGUUGUAAGGACAGCCCAGGGCUGCAUAUCAUAUUGGGGAAUGAGGCUUGUGAUAUUGACUCUAUGGUAUCGGCCCUGACCUUCGCCUACUUUCUUUCAAAGACUCUGGACUCUAAAAGGGUAGCAGUGCCUGUACUCAAUAUCCCACGCCGUGAGUUUCCCCUGCGUUCAGACAGCAUCUUUCUGCUAAGAGAGAGCGGUCUGUCUUGGGAACAUCUCCUCUUCAGGGACGAGGUGGAUCUUCAUAGCUUGCACAAGGCCAAACAGCUGACACUAACACUGGUCGACCAUAAUGUUCUGGCCAGCUCUGACAGGGAGCUCGAAGAGGCCGUUGUGGAAGUGAUUGACCAUCACCUCCAACAGAGGUCCUCGUCUCCCUCAUGCUCUGUCACCGUGGAGACUGUAGGCUCCUGUGCCACUCUGGUGGCAGAGCGCAUCGCCCAAAAAGCGCCUGACGUGCUUGACCAACAAGUGGCACAGCUUUUAUAUGGUACCAUUAUCCUAGACUGUGUAAACAUGGCGCCUGAGGCGGGUAAAGUCACCCCUAAGGACAGCCAGUACGCCAUCUUUUUGGAGAGCUGUUUUCCGAAGCUGCCCCCGAGGGGCGCCCUGUUUCAAUCCUUACAGAAUGCCAAGUUUGAUGUAUCAGGUCUCUCCACUGAACAGAUGCUGUUAAAAGACAUGAAAGCUGCAUCUGGUGGGGAUCUACGACUGGCUGUCAGUGCCAUUUAUAUGACACUAGAGGAUUUUCUUCAGAGGCGUGGCCUGCAGCAAGACCUGUGUGAGUUCUGCCACAAUCACAAAUAUAACCUACUGGUUGCCAUGACGAUCUCUUUCAUUGAUAACAAGGAGCCCUUCCGACAGCUUGCUAUCUACAGUUCCAGCACUCUCUACAGGGAAGAGAUCUGUAAGGCGCUAGAAAAAGCCAGAAACCCCAGUCUGGAUCUUAAGCCAGUGGGCAGUCCAUAUUUGGAUGUCAAAACCUAUAUACAGGGUAACACGUUGGCAUCACGCAAGAAGGUAUUUCCUAUAAUCACAGACUUCCUGAAAGAGUGGGAAAGUAAAGUAUUUCAAAGCGGAAACAUGGAGGACUUGUAUCUGGAUGAUGAAUCCAAUCAGGACCAGAGUUACUCGCAGCAAUGUGCGGAGGAUGCUGGGAACGAGGACGAUACCCAAGUCCCCCCAACGCCGAUGAAUAGUCUGGUUGAAGGCUGUCCUUUGGACAACGGCCUGCCGAAAAUCAGUCCCGAGGUUUUGGUGGAGAAAGUUAGCAAGAUGGCCAGCAUGGAGGACGAGUCUCCUGAUGGACAGUGAUGAAGGAGCUGUUGUGUCAAAGAGUUCAUCAUAGGAGCUGGAAGAGGCCAGUCCUUUAUGACCUCCAACAGACGCAGUGCAUAUACAGCAGUGGUGCACAAGGGUGAGAAAAUGAAGCGGCACUUUUUCUCGUCUGUAAACUGGUACAACAAGGUCAAACGAGAUCUUUCUUUUGACUUUAAGGAUUGGUUGAAUGCAGCAUUACAUGCGUAAUAUUUAUCAUAAAGGUGCUCAAGUCUGUAUUGCUGGAUGAUAAAUGGCGUAGUUAUUAAUUGGGCAUAUUCAUAUUUUGUCCUUAAUUAUUUAAAUGGAUAAGGUGUGGCUUUCACGCACAUCAUUUUUUAACAGCGUUCAGAUCAUUUUUGUGAAUAUCUUAAACGAAUGAAUUUAAUUUGGUCCAAUGAUUGACAACAUGCAUCCAGUGCUUGUAAAAAAACGGGAAAAGUAAACCAUCGGAGUUAUGUUAGAUGCCAGUUGUCAGUUUUUUUAGUAUAGAUUGGGUUUGAGCUGCCUGUAUUUUCACCGACUUGAAACAAGAUCUCCCGUCAUCCAGUGAAGUCUCUUAAUGUUACAGACAAAUGCAACAUUGAAAAACUAGAUACUCUGUGGCAUGGAUGUAAACAAAGAAGGUAUUUUCCCAAAAUGUGAUCUGUGGGCUGUUUAAUGCAUGUUGUUGAUUCCCUCGUAAACUAACUGAAACUUGUUCAUAGGUUUGUAAGAAGUGAAUCAAGAGUGCCACAGAUGUGGUUCAUAUGUAAGGUUAAUAACACAUUUCCCAGUGAUUGUGAGCGAUGAAAACUGAGUCCGAUCCUUAUGUGGCCACUUGUAGAUGUUAAUAUACUGUGUGUUAGCUCAAAUGCUAAAAAUCUCAGUUUUAUGUAAAAGGCAAGAUGGUACGAACCUUUAGGUGAAUCAGUGGGAGGCAUGUUAAGCAUUUAAUCAUUUAAAAUGACCGUUUUGAAUCUGUCUUUAGUAUUCCCAUAUACUUUGUAUUAUUUUAGCUUAUAUAAUUUAUUGAUUUAGGUUUUGUCUACAUAUAUUUUAAGCUUAAAAGUGUGAAGAGGUCCUAUUAGAGGGCUAUCCAACUCCAGUUCUGGAGGUCCAGGUGUAUCAAACCAAAACAAUCCCACUGCAAAAAACGAUUCAAUUCGUACGAUCUCAUUCGCACGAUUUGCUUUCGCGCCAGUGAUGUUAGUGUGAGGGGCGGGGUUAGGGGUGGGGCUUCCGUAUUGCUUUUUUUCUAGUAACCGUACGUUUUUGUGCGAUUCACAAUUCAUGCGAAUAAGCCUCCUCGUAAAAUAGUUACGGAUUCCUGUGAGAUCAGGUUGAUCAAACGCAUGCAAACAGCUAAAAAAGGGUGUUGCGUCCUGCGGCCGUCUAGUAAAGCAGUUGAAUAUCUCUGCUGGCGUGCAAAUGACCGGAAACCAUCUGGUUCAUAAAUCAAAUGAAUGCAGUAGAAUUAUAACAUCAAAGACCAUCACAUUAGUAUAUACAAAUUAUUUGGUAGUUACAAAAGGUCCUGAUUGGAUAAAACAUUUACAGUUUUAAAGGUCCAGUGUGUCAUUUUUUGGAGGAUCUAUUGACAGAAAUGCAGUGUAAUAUACAUUACUACAUCUGUAUAAAGAGUUUACACAAUGAAACGUUAUGUUUUUAUUACCUUUAGAAUGAGCUGUUUCUGUCUACAUACACCGCGGGUCCCCUUGCAUAUAAUUCGCAAUGUUCUGUCAGCCGUCGUAGUGUUUCGGAUGGGAGGGGUGAGCGGUUGGUUGCAAUUCGCAACCUUGCCGCUAGAUUUCACUGACUGGACCUUUAAAUCAUUUGGAUUAUUAACAUGGAUUAUGAAGAUUCAACUUUAGUUUGAACAGAUAUUGGCCUCUGGUAUUGAAGUUGUGGCAUAUGAUAUGAGAUUGUAUUCUGAUGUUGUAGGGUACUCUACUAUACUGUUAAUAAACCAUGACUGAUGAUGGUGAACACAGAGCAUUGCUGUAAAACACCAACGUAAUGACAAAUCACUACUUUUUAAGGUACAUGUAUCCGUGUGCUGUUAUUGUUGUGAAGCAGGACAUUCGGAAGCACCUACUGUAUCACGUGUAUUUUAAUGCGAAAACCUUUUUUUAUUUCAAAUCUCAAACUUUGUAAUGCACAUUGAAUAUGAAUAAACUCCUGUUCAUUAUUUGAUUCGUACAACUGUUAUCUGUGUACAC